UUCUUCCUUCUCAAUUGUUUUUUUCACCACGGAGGGGUCGUCGUUUUAAGGGUUGACGCCCUCGACUGUGCAUGUGCCCAGGAACUUCAAGUCCAGUGUCAAUGUCUAGCAUGUGGAGCUCACUCCGAUGAACCAAUAGACAAGGCCGAAGAGCAAUUAUUAGGCAAGAAGAGGAAGAGUAGGUGAAAGCGGAGAGGAACUUGGAAGAUACCUUGACAAAAUGAAAACUGACAAAAGUUGCGUCGCUUUAGUUUUCAUUCUGAAAAUUGCUUACGGAUAUGGAUACAGUCAUCAGUACGUGAGCGAUAAUAACUACUGUCCGAGUGUCAGAGGACAAAAGUAUCUCGAUCUGCAAAUGGUUCUGGGUCUAUGGUACGCGAUGGAGAUAGUGGACCAUUCGGGAGGCUACAGGAAGCCGUACGAGUCGCAAGUCUACUCGUACCAGAUGCGGCACUCCCCGAAAACCUGCCCGGUCCUCCACUUCCAGUCCUCCUCCGACGACAGGGUCACCCUCAUCUGGAGCGACAAAGACGACAUCAACACCUACAACUUCAUCAUCCCCAACAAAAACCUCGAGCCCGGAUUCUGGACCACUUUCGAAUCAGACAGUAAGUUCAGUAGAGGAGAUCUGUUCAUGGGCCCGGACUAUCGGAUCACGGGGACGGCGCAGAUCCUGCGGGCGGUGCGCGACCACAUGGUUCUCACCCUCUGCUUCCGCAACAGCACCCAGAUGAGCGUCCUCCUCGUCCGGGAAAAGACCCACAACUACUUCCCGAUCCUCAGCAACACCCUCCACGAGUUCCUCCACAGGCAGAACCUCAGCUUCACCGAAGUCAAAGUCGUCUGCAACGCCGGCCCCCAACUCACCGUCCCCAACGCUCUCCUGGCUUUGCUUCUUCUGUCCUUCGUCUUCUUCAGGAACUUCGACCUGAGUCGCGCUUUGAAGAUACACCAUUAGACGCAAGUAGAGUUUAUAACAGAAACAAAGCCCCCGUGCUAAGGAAAAAUCCACGUUGUAAGUCGGCAAUCACAUAACUCGGUUUGCGACGUCGCAGUCUUCCUGUCAUACUUUAUAUUUUUAGCGGAAAACUAAUCAACGGCAAUUCUUUAAAACUUCCGUGAUUUUUCUUCCCUGUGCGAAGAAAAUUCUGCAAAAUUUUCAAGGCAUGCUGUCAAUUUGUUCUCCAUUGAAAAAAUAACUUAGAGGCGGAAAUCUUCAGACGCUGCAAACGAGAUAUCGACGGUGAAACU